AGCGAAUCAGGGAACGACAGGCCAGGGAACGGACUCUUCACUGAGCAACUGCCGAUUAGUUUCCACAGUUCCUUAAGCACCCGACCGCCAGAUAUAUCCAUCGCAGCCUUUGAAUGGUCGCCAUUAACCACUGACGUCAUGACAGCCACUCACCGCUCUCGGCUGCAGAUCCGGCCUUCUGACACCGAAGUGGACGAGAGGGAAUAUCGGGCCAUCGACGGCGACAUCAGCUGCAAUGUGGCAGCCGGCGGACGAACAGAUAAUGGAUGCGUUCGAUUUGGGUUCAAGCAAGGUCUGUUCCUGAUGCUUGGUUUGGCCUGUCUUAUGGCCAUGCAGUCCCUCGUGUACUCAGAAGUGGUAGCAAGGCAGGGAGGGCCACAGCCACUACUGAUUUCACGUAAGUAUGUGCCUUGUCUGUCUGUCUGUCGAUCAGCUGUGGUGGCAUCAGAAUGGCCAGUCAGCGGGCCCUGAUGGCGCCAUCGAUGGAUGGCAGCCGGGAGAGAAGCUCACGGGAGGACCUGCGUCAUCGCAGAUUCCCACAGACAGCAAGGUGAUGAUAGCAGUCCCGUCGACCAACGACAUUCUGCAAAUCGACGUGAACACAAUUCUUGUAAGAGGAAUUGUGCAAAACAGAUGCAUGCACAGCUCUUUUGUCUGUCUGUCUGUCUGUCUGUCAGUACCCGUGGAGUGCGAUGCCUCCAUUGGAGCUGGGCAUGCAGUGCUCACUCGACCUGCCAGUGUUGGGCAGCCACAGGGGGGCAGGUGGUGGUGUGUCUGGUGUGUCCUCUGUGGAUGCCAUUCGUUCAUACGAGGCAUUGCUCAAACCUGCAUACGCAGAUAUCAGUGGCCACUUCGUUGCCCAGGUCAGUGGCAGAAAGAUAGAGGAGCCCUUGCGUCGUGGCGCGGCAUCAUGAUGGGGUGUGGGUGUUUUGCAGCGUGACCUGCAUCGUCUGAAUGAUGUGGCCAACAGAGUCAUGGAAAAAAAGACGGACGGAGAAACGGCCAAGGACAGACAGUCGUGCGCAGAAUCGACGUAUGGCGAAAUGACCCCUCCUGGUCUGGCCGCCGUCCUGACCCACCCACUCGUCGGCUUCCAGGCUGGAGAGGUAUUUGCUGACCUCGGCACCGGGGUAGGCAAGCUGCCGCUACAGGCCAUGAUAGUGCACAAUGCCUCGAAGGCCUAUGGUACCAACAAACAACAGCCACCAUGCACACGCAGAUGCGUGUGUGUCCGGUCUCCUUCAUGUCAGGAGUCGAGCUGGCCAAUCGGCGUUUUCUUCUCGGCUGCUUGGCUCUCGGUCGUGUCAAUGAGCAAUUUCAGACUGGGGCUCCCUGGCGUCCUUUUGGUGACGAGGAGAAAACAUCAAUCGCACAGAAUUGCGGCGACCUGUGCCGCGAGCGUGCCACAAGGCCUGGGAGGGUCGUCCUCGCCUACCAAGACAUACUCAAGUAUGGACAUGUGUGUGUUUGUGCAGUCACGCACGUGUCUCGGCGUGUCUGUCAGAGCUGAUGUGUCUAAUGUCGAUGUCGCCUUCUCCAAUAAUAUUUGUCUGCGCCACAGCCUCAACAAUGCAGUUGGCCAGAGGCUGCUGGACCAGCUGAAGAUCGGUGCAAGGAUUGCGGUCGCAAGGUACCCAGCCAGUUUCGUGUUGUCUCCUGCUGGCUGCCCCGUUGUCCGUCUUUGUCCAGGCGCUUUCGGCGGAUGCCCGUGUCGUCUUCCAGACAUCUCGAGCGCAUUGGGGCCAUUCCUGCUAGGGUCUCCUGGAUGUCACAGCCCGCAGACCACAUCGUAUACAAGUAAGCAGCCGGCCUUUAUCACACUAAGACUGCGUUGAUUUCUUGUCCUUCUUUGCCUCUUCCAGGGUGGUGGCUGGCGAGGGGCCUCAAGAGACAUCUGCGGAUCGACCGGCGUCAGCAGCCCAUCGGCAGCGUCACAGCAUCACCACCAUUCCUCCGCCGCAGAAAUGCACUCUUGACCUGGGCAUUGAGGUGGCCAAGAGGAUCCACACAGAUGCAGACAAGGCGGCUGACGGGCAGAGGCAUGUGCACGAGGAGCCGUGGCAGCAGGCUGCUGAGCUGUUCAACGAUAUCUACAGUACAAUUUCAGGUACGACGAACACACAUAUCUUGGAUCGACUUGUGUAUGUAUGUAUGUAUGUAUCGUGUGUGAAGGGUUUGUGUCUCUGAAUGACCCAGCGUCCGACACGGUCAACAGAAUCGGCCAGCACCACAUGGAGGACGAACAGGACAGAGAGUGGGCUGACACGCAGACAGACAUGUGCCGCUGCUGCACGGCUGACGUGUCAAUAUAUAUUGUCAGGAGUUGCGACGAGUCAACCUAUGGUGAGAUCACACCUGAGGGCCUUCAAAGCAUAUUGCAUGACUCAUGGAUCCAGGUACAAUCAAUGGGCAGGCCGAGGCAGCGACGCGACUGACUUGCGCGCACUUGUCUUCCUUUUUGUUGCAUUCAGGCGGGUACAGCGGACGUGUUGCUAGAUAUCGGCGGCGGUGUCGGGAAGAAUGCCUUGCAGGCAGUCCUCUUCCACAAUUUGACACGUGCCACAGGUACGGACGCGCCAUAAGACAGCGGCGGCAACGCACGCCCGUCUGUGUGCUGCUUGCUGCCCAGGUGUUGAGCUGCAGACAACGCGCCACGCCCACGCAUGUGAGGCUUUGGACCGACUGAGGAGACAUAUUGCUUUACAAGAGACAGACCGAGACCUUCCCAGGGGUGUGAUAGAGUACCUGCACGGAGACAUGACCACCAUGGCCCUUCUGCGAGCAUCGAUCAUCUACUGUGCCAACACAUGCUUCAGAAGGGUCAGACUCAGCAACGCAUGUACGCAUCAUGGAAUGGGAGGAUGGGUGGGUGUGUAUUGGCAUGUAGGGUUUGAUGCGGCAGCUGUAUCGUGUGCUGACAGAGCGCUUCGACGUCGGCACCAAGAUCGUGCUACUCAGAGUAAUGCCACUACACGCAUGCACGAGUGUGGUCUGGUGGGUGUUCUCCUUCUUCUCAGCCUUUUGACCUGAAGCAGCCCUUGGUGGCCAACGAGGCGGCGGGGAGGGCGCUAGAAUAUGUCAAGGCUGUCAGAACUAGAGUCUCGUGGAUCAACGCAUUCGUAAGAUCGAGACACAGACACACCACUGAGUGAGUUUGAUGCUGCGUAAUGUAUGUUGUGCUGUGUAUGUUGGUCCCUCCUUCCUCUCCUCCAUCAGCAGGAGAGCUAUGCUUAUCGAGUGGUCCAGGUCCGAGAGCCACCGCAGCCCAUACCUGCAGCCGAUCGCACUGAAUGAGACUCGAGCUAUGGAUGGAUGCGAC